UCAUCAUUCAAGACUCAUAAUUACCAUAAACUUCCACUAUCAGACAACCAAUAAACCCUAGUAAAACCCUUUUGUUUGAUUCUUCAUCCAUUUUUUUGUUGUUUUUUGUUUUUAUACGGUGAAGCAUUGAAAAAGCAUAUAUAGGUGUAUCAAAACGGCCGCUUCUCCUCUCUCCAGGAAGCUUGUAGGCCGAGCAGCCUCCGAGGCCAUGGCAGUAGUGAGCUUCUCCACCCAGACCGCUACCCCUGUCAAGCGUUCCUCUUUUGCCCCUAAUAGAUACUUCUGGCUUUGCCCUUGCACUUUCUCUACUUCUCACUCCUUUUGGUUUUCCUGCUCGCCAAAAGCCUGUCACAGCGGAGAAGAUUGCAAAACCCUGAGUGCCAAUAAUGCCUUAUCUAGCUUAUCCAUACUUGGUGAUUCCUGUCAGAUUAAACGUACACUAAGGCAUGAAAUAAAACCCUUCUCUAGUGGAAUUGCACAGAGAAUUGAGGAAGAUCAUGUGGCAGCUCGCUCUGCUUGGGGAGCUGAGGCCGAAGCAAUUAGACAAGACAGAAGACGCAAUGGUAGUUACAAUAAUGUUGCCUAUUUUCAGGUUGCUCCAGAUCUACAUUCUGAUGAAUACAGGCAUAUUGACAGUAGUAAUAACAGUGCUACAGAUAAAAGGUAUGAUGUAAUGAGGAAUGCAAAGGGAAGUCUGAUACUUGAACAUGUCACUUAUGGACCCAAACCACAUUAUAACUCUAGUAGCGGACAGCAGAAAGCUCCUACAAAUGUACAAUUUAGACACCAUCUUCCACAAUCAUCAGUACAUGUCAGCCAACCAAGAAGCAAUGAACUGAGGUCAAUCAAUAGGGUUGGUGGUUCAACAUUAUCUCUAGAUCAACUUUUGCCAAAUGCUACUCAACCUAUUGGGUUAUUACCAAACAAAACCAAGGAAAAGAAGGCGGAGAAAACUUUUAAGAUAGAUGACGACAUUCCAAUUAAGCAAAUGGAAAGGGAUGUUGCUGAUUUUUGUUGAAAGUAGUACUCUGCCCC